AUGUCGUCUUCUCCCUCGAGCACACUCUUCGCUUCUCCUUCCCCUUACCACAAAAGAGAGCCUUCUGACCCAACCGACUUUGGCGAUAUCCACGAGUUCUCCUCACCAACUCCUAAACCUGUCAGUUUAUCUAAUGCUAUCCUUGUGAAGCCUGAGACACCACAAUUACCCCAGAAACACGUCAAGGGCGUACAUGCUCAAUUCCACUACCCGUCUCCCGAGGAAGUAAUAUUCACCAUACAUCAAUCUGCACAACUGGAGCAGGUAUCUCCUCACGAUCAAGCGGGUCCAUUACCUUCCGCAGAGAACAUGCUCAACAUGGUAUAUACUUCGAACCCAAUGGGUGAACCACUACUAGCUCAUCCUCAUAUGACCCAAGCGACAAUAUAUGUCAAUAUGUUUCCGCCUGACAUGCCGGAACGACUACUCGCAGAUGCACUGAGAGGAUGUAUGCCCAUCCGAGUUCUUCUCAAACCUGCUGUGCCACCAAACAACAGGUUGUUACCCAAUAUGUACUAUGACUGGAUGAGCAAAACUGGUACCAUUGACUUCACUAGUCUACCCCUUGCUGAACGUGCCCUUGCAAUACUGGUGAAUCACAUUACCUUUACUCCAAGAGGGAUAUGGUUCUCACCCUACCCUCCGCCCACUCUUUUGCCUAAUCCUACCUCAAGUACUGCCACUAGGUAUAUCCGACCGGCAAGAAUGGUUGCAACACCUAAACCUCCAUGCGAUCCGGAGCUCGCUUUUCUUGCCAACUUCCCUACACCCGGAAAAGUGUACGAUGCCGUUCGACCUUGGGGAUCUAUCAGAACGGUGAAUACAUACGUUACUGAAGCGAGUGAACAGGGGAAAGGCGAACACAACAAUCACCUCUGGCUGGCCAGAGUCGAGUUCUGGUACGAAGAAGAGGCUUCAAGAUUUGAUAGAGGGUUUGGCCAAACUGCAAGUCUGCUGAAAGGGUGGCAGAUCCAUAUUCAUUCCUCUAUGCCGGAACCAAUUACACCUGUAUCCGAGCAUGAUUUUCAAGCCCGUCCUCCAAUCCAUAUUGAUAUGCCACCUCAAACCCCCUCCUCCGCAAGCCAAGUCCAAUACCUUACACCCAUCUAUCCUGUGGAUGGUAACCAAGUCAUCCCAUCAAUGGGUAUGAUGUAUGUGCCGAAUCUUUCAGUUCCAUCGACACCUACAACUACUAUGAUCCCCAACUUUUCUGGUGUUGAUCAUGUACUUAUGCCGACCUCUGUGGACUUUGUCCCACCUUGGGCAGAUCAUAACCUGUUUGCUGCUGUCGGUAUCAUACCUGACAGCUGUAGUGAUGGAUAUUUCGGACCGACGACGUCGGAUGUGAUGUGUAGAAGGCUGGGUAAAGCAAGUAUGAGUAGUUUAAAUGGCAGGGGUCGAACAUGGAGCUUAACUGUUGGUGAGAGUUCUGAGGGGGAUUUGAGGCCUACCGGCUUGGUUUCAGACGAUGGAACAAUCAUCCAACAUGGUCCCGGACAACAUAUCAGGCCCGCACCAGCCUUUGGACCAGGAUCAAAUAGUGCGUCUGGCUUAGUGGACUAUAGUAAUGUGUUCGUAAAGAACCUCGAUUCUGACAUUAGCUCCUACUAUCUUGAACACAUAUUCAGUCAGUUUGGCCAAGUCGUUAGCGCUCGAGUUAUGCGCGAUGACGAGGGUAGAUCUAGAGGAUAUGGAUUUGUCAGCUUCUAUGCUCCAGAACAGGCUGCGAGUGCUAUAGCCCUCAUGCAUAAUCAGAAAGUGGGCCGGAAUUACCUGUCAGUAACGCUUCACGAACCACGCAAACUUCGACCAGAGAAGAUAGCCGAACGCGUAGCGCAAGGUUUGCCUACAUCUCUUGGCCGACAAUCUGCAGCUCUGCCUCGUAGAUCCAUGAGCCCGGUCAGAACAGAUAGGAUUGGAAGGGGAAGAAAACUUCAUGAGGACGUACCAAAGACCCUUAGCACCACCGAUCAGUUCCGCUCUCUUAGUCCUGAUUCUCGUAAAAUCACUUUGUCUAAGCAAAUUGCACAUAAAGUUCGUUCUUAUGCAGAAGUCAACUCCAGACCUGAUGAACAUUUUGGAAUCGCUCUCGACAGUCUUGUACAACAAGAUCUCUCAAUCAUCCCUUUGUUGGACAAUAACGAGCAGCUUCAGUCGAGAAUACGUAACGCCUUUACCGUUAUUGACUCACAAGUCCACUCUGGAAACGAGUCAAAGAGAGAUUUUCACAAGCAAGAAGGUACUUCAGUAUGUCAACCGAAGCUGUCGCAACAUGAACAGUGCGAAAACCAAGAGUCAAAUAGUAUGAGCGAAUGUACUCUUGUUCCGCUCGAGGGACUUGAUAUCUCAUCGUUCGGCUCACUCCCCGCUAAAGAUAUCAUAUACAAUCUUCAAGGUGAACAUGGGUUGAACGUUCUUGCUUACUUGGGCGUCAUUGAACCGACAAUUACCGAGAAGACUUCCAACGCAACCUGGGCACAGGAACUGAUGAACAAAAGUAAGGUCGUCAGAGUUGUGGAGCUUGCCAACGUCUUGGUUAAAAGGCUUGAUUCUGAAGCGAUGAAAAAGAGUCAGCAGAUCAAAUUAAUAAAACAAAUGAUCAAUGCAGAAGAUGAUAAGGCCUUAUGUCAAUUAUCGAUAUACCCAGCUUUGAUCAACGCCAAGUUCAAAGCUUUUAUUGGGUCACAGGGGAAAGUCUAA